AUGGAGGAUUCCAUAGUUAGCAAGAUGUCUCUGGCCCUCAAUGAGCUUGAGCUAAUAAACAUUUCAGCGCAGAGGAUACAGAGAGCUUGGUUAUGUCAUAUGGACAGAACAAUAUUUAAACUUCUAAAGCACACAAUUUGUGCAGUGGAACAUUGUGUGACAUAUGAAAUACUGAAGAAAGUGAGCCCCUUAGAGGCUGAGCUUCUGAAAGAUCCUAGCAUGAAGUGUAAAGUUAGAUUCAGAUUUAGUGGUGAAACAUUUCCACCUUUCAUCGUUUUUAAAAUUUUUCUUCAUACUGAAGGCCAUGGUUACAAGUAUUUCAGCGGAAAAAAUUUAUUUAAGCCAUCAAGUGAGGGAGUGGUUGAUGGUUGCAAAAUGAUGGGGAAAAAGAAGUUUUACCAUCAAGUUAUGGAAGAUCAACAUCUUUUCCAGAAAUUGAAAAUAACCGAUGAAAUAGAUAUUGUCACCCUGAAAGAUUACAUGCAAUAUUCCAGUCUUCUGGAUGAGACCCCUGCAUCUUCUGGUGGCAGAAAUAACUACUGGCGAAAAUUAAACCUCAAAAACAUCCCCAGGACAAUGAUAAUUUAUGACAUAGUUGAUUAUGCAGAGUCUGGAAUAAUCUCAAAGCGUCUACAAAAAGAAAUGAAGUAUCUGUUACAGAGACAAUGAACAGAAGAGAUGCUACAGAUUGUUUCUGAAGUUAGGUAAAAGUAUAUAACUAUCAAACCUUUGUAUCGGUCCUACCAACAGCGGAAUCAAAUUAAACAUCUGGGUCGUCGAUCCAAGCAAGCUCAAAUGAAAGUUGAAAAAAUGAAAAAAGCUUAUAAGAUGGCUAAAGAAAAAAAUGCUUCCAUGGGGACUGUAAGUUGA